AUGACUGAGGAGAGCCCAGAGGAGGAUCAUGAAUCUCCUGAAACAGCCGAAACAAAUCCAGGAAGCCCUGCUUUAAAGAACAACAACAUCAACAAUAAAGAACAAGACCGGUUCCUUCCCAUUGCUAAUGUCGGAAGGAUCAUGAAAAAGAUUCUUCCUGGAAACGGUAAGAUCUCGAAAGAUGCCAAAGAAACCGUUCAAGAAUGUGUAUCAGAAUUCAUCAGUUUUGUCACUGGUGAAGCUUCUGAUAAGUGUCAAAGAGAGAAGAGGAAAACUAUCAAUGGAGAUGAUAUCAUUUGGGCCAUUACCACUCUAGGUUUCGAAGACUAUGUGGUUCCAUUAAAGAUCUAUCUCGGGAAAUACCGAGAAACCGAAGGAGACAAAGUCAAUAGCCCGAAACAAAGACAUCAACAACAACAACCACAACAUAACCAUCAUUUCCAGUUUCAAGAACAAGACCAUAACAACAUUUCAUGUACUAGUUACAUCUCUCAUCAUCAUCCUUCUCCAUUUCUGCCCGCAGAUCAUCAACCUUUUCCUAAUCUCCCUUUCUCUCCUGAAUCAUUGCAAAAACAGUUCCCGCAGCAGCAUGAUAACAUUGAUCCCACUGGACAGUGGUCAGUGUAA